AUGUCCAGACUCCUGGCCGAUCACAAAAUUGACGUCCUGUGCAUACAGGAAACGCACACAAAGGAUGAUCAGGAUAUGGAAAACAGAGGUCAAAUACCCGGCUACCAACUGAUAAAAGCGCUGAACCACCGCAGUUACGGAAUAGCUACUUACAUCCGAGCAGGCCUAAAAGCAAAUGUGGUUUAUUUUGAUGACUCUGCCGACAACUAUAUUAUUGUUAUUCAAAUCGACGACAUCAAGAUAGCUAACAUAUAUAAACCGCCUUCGGCAUCUUGGGCAAAUAAUGGUCCUCCGCAUUUCGCUCACCCAUGCGUCUACACUGGUGAUUUCAAUAGCCACCAUACAUCAUGGCGUUACUCCACAGAUGAUGUUAAUGGGCUAGUCCUGACACAGUGGGCUGAAACUUUCAACUUAUUCCUCGUUUUUGACGCCAAAGAGAGAGGCACCUUCCGAUCGGCCCGCUGGAGGAAAGACUAUAACCCGGAUCUAGUUUUUGUCACUAAGGAUGCCACUGGCAGAGCCCUCCAAGCAAGUCGGGCCGUACUUAGAGACUUUCCCAACAGUCAGCACAGGCCAGUGUUUGUGGAAGUAGGCUUGAAAAUUCCUCUCGUAAACUCGAUGCCCCUUCCGCGCUGGAACUUCGGACGCGCGGACUGGAACGCCUUUGCAGGACAUAUUGAGGCUGGAAUACGUUUCAUACCGCCAACAGCAGGAAAUUACAACCGAUUCGUAGGCCUCUUACUAUCGUCUGCCAAACGCCACGUAUGCAGAGGUUUUAGGAAGCAGUACAUACCAGGCUGGAAUAGAGAGAGUGAAAGCCUUUUCAAAACGUACAGGGAAACAGGCGAUUGUUCAAUCGGUACUGAACUCUUACAAUCUCUGGAUGCCAACCGCACUAGCAAAUGGAAACAAACAGUCAACUCGAUGGAUUUUAAGCGCUCAAGUCGUAAGGCGUGGACUGUUCUCAAUAAACUUACGGGGAAAAGAACAACACCAUAA